GUUCUUCUGUCAUGGUUUUGAUCUUUGCCUUGUUUUGUUUAUUCAGUUUUAUCUAAGUUCUCUGCUUUGUAUUUGUUUGGACUUAUUUCCCUGUGGAUUAUCCUUAAAUAAAGAGCUUCCCUUGGAUCCUCAGCGUUGGAUCCUGAGCAGGAUACAAAGAACAUGCAAAUGAGCAGCCGUGUCAAGGUAAACAUGAAGUGGAACGAUCCUGGACUAGCGUGGAAUACAAAUACAUCUAAUGCUACAGCAAUUAUGUUGCCAGUUGACAAAAUCUGGACUCCUCGUCUAAUUUUGGACAAUGCAAUAGACAUAACCGCGCAGCCCUACAAAAGUGAUGUACUGGUGUUGAGAAAUGGAAAUGUGGACCAUGCUGUUAUCUUGUUCGUGUCAGUGAGCUGUGAAAUCAACCUAUUCACCUACCCCUUUGUAAUUGGGGAUUGUCCUGUUGCCAUCAAUGGAUGGAAUCAAGGCAGUUGUGGGCUUAUACUAUCAUUUACUGAUGACAUAACUAUGAGUGGAAGUGAGCAGAGUGGAGAGUGGCUGACUGAGAAUGUGAAUAUAACACAUGAUAAACGCACAUAUCUCUCGGUCACUUUAUCAAUCAAUCCGUUCAGUGCUGUUGUGACCCUGAUCCUGCCAAGUGCAUUAAUAAUUCUAGCUGACCUGGUGAGCUUUGCUCUGCCAGUACAAGGAGGAGAACGCAACAACCUUAAAGUCACCUUGGUCCUGAGCUUCACCAUGUUCCUAGUCAUCCUCAACGAUCAUCUGUCCAGUGGUACAAGCUGUAGCCCUCUCCUCCAUUACCACUUCUGCUUCUGUUUGGUCAAUCUGGUUCUGAGCAUGGUGACAUCGAUGGUCUUGACACGUUUGACAUCAGAUGACAGCAUUCUGCCUUGUAAAUGCUCAAAGAUCAUCAAAACACAAAAUGCCAACCUGGGCCACUAUGGAGCAGAUGCUGGUUUGACUGAAACAAAAACGUCUACUGAUCAGGCUUCAGAGGUGGCUUCCCUCCAAAAAAUAGUGAUCUUUUUGGAUAACAUGGACCAAAAGGAACAAGUGGCAAAUAGCAAUGUGGGUUUUGUAGACCGCUUGGACAAAAUCUGUUUCUGUUUCUUUUUGUUCAUUGACAUCAUUUACAUUAUCAUUGUUGUCAUUGUCACCAGAACAGAUAUUUGCAAACCCAAACCGUUGGUUAUCUGGGAUAAAGAGGAUUAUUAUUUUUAUUUUUGGGAUUAUUUUAACGAUACAUCAUAUAAUUAUUGAGAAUCAAAAAGCCCAGUCUCAAUCUCAGUUUAGUCUCAAACUAUUUAAAAUCAUGGACAGCAUGUUGGCAAUUACCUUUUCUUGCUCUAUGAUUAUAUGACCAAGCACACUUGUGAAAUUGUCUAUAUAUAAUAUAUUUUUUAAAUAAAUAUUUAAUUCCAUAUUUUAAUUUACAUAUUUAUUAGCACAUCCACAACAAACCAGGGGUGUGUUUCCCAAAAUCAACUAUGGUUGCAAGUUUCGUCAUUACCAAUAGAGUCCACUGGAAAUAAUGACUAUAGUUAGCUAACGAUGCUUUUGGGAAACGCACCCCAGGACAGUACAAAGAGAACACAGGGGGACAAACAGGGAAGGAAAUAAGAAGAUUAACAAAGAGAAAGUGAAAAAUGAACUAAUAAUGAAAUAACAAGGGAGACAGGGUCAAGAUAGUAUUAGACAGGAGAGCACAUGACACACUGAAACAAACACAUCAGAAGACAUGUGCUCACACCAAUACACAAGAUGAGACAAGACAGAAAACCACAUGGUGAACAAUACUUUCAUCCGCCAUGUGCUCAAACAGAAAAUUCAGAGUGCACAACUGACAGAAGUUUAUGGAGCAAGGAUGUAAUGAUCCCCAUAAUUGACCAAGGCUAGACUGAAGUGUCAGAAUACAGACAUUUAAAACCAGGAUAUAUUAUGAGUAUUUGUGAUCUGUUUUGUUUUGUGAUCAGUCCAAACUGACUCUCCUGUGUAGGGUGAUGUUUUGUGAUCAGAUUUAAAAUGUAUUAUUCUUGUCAUGAUGUUUGACAGAGGCCAGUAUGAAUUUAUUAUUUAAAAAAAAUAUAUAUAUUUAUUUUUUUCAUUUCACCUAUGCUUUAACUACUAGUUAUUCCUGGGCCCUCAUUUAUCAACAGAUGUGUGCAUAAUAAGUGUGUAACAUAGUUUCAUGCAAAGUGUGUGAUCUACCAACUUGUACUUUUAUGUAGGAAUGUGUGUAAAUACAUGGACAAAAUAUAGAACCUUUUCUAUGCAUUGUUGACAAAUAAGGCCCCUGGCUCUAAAAAUAAAUGACCUCUUAUAUACGUUGAUUUCAUUGGAUAUAAGAAUC